CUUCGGUCGUUCCCGAAGCGACUUGCAACCCAACGUCUAGUGAUCGGCCAUGGCCUCGCCAAUAUAUCCAAUGGAGCUGAUCGACCGUUGUGUUGGAUCAAAGGUAUGGGUCAUCACCCGGUUGAACAAAGAGUACACAGGUACCUUGCUAGGUUUUGAUGACUUCAUUAAUCUGGUACUCGAGGAUGUGGUGGAAUUUGAACACUCUCAGCAAGGAGUAGUCAAAACAAAGCUUCAUUCGACGUUGAUAAAUGGGAAUAAUAUUUGCAUGAUCGUGCCAGGAAGUGAUGGUCCUGAAUCUCCCGAGUAGAACGACCGAGGUAAUAUCUAUAUGGAAUAUGCAACACAACUGUCAUGCGAUGAAGCCAGUACGUGUGCUCAUUAAAUCGAAGGCGUCACUUUUCCGACCACGUCGUUGUAUGUCUCGUUGCCUUCUCCGAGGAAGUGAGGGGGGUCCCCCUCAGUCAGGUGGGAGCCCCGUCGAGCAUGUCCAUUUCCGAUGAUCUUUGUAUAUAGCCCACCAGCAGCAUUCACAGGAUAUCUACACUCGGUGUAAUAUCAAUCUUGACAGAUUGAGUGAGAGUUAUGGUAGAAAAAUCCUCGGAAUACAUCUUUGACUACA